AUGUUUGCCUCCCGUCUCGCCGGCUCGCGUCUGCCGUGCACGCCGUGUCCGCCGGGAACGACUUUUACCAUCCCCACCUUUGAAGAGAAUUCUGAGUACCUAAUAGACGAUGAUGUUACGCGGAUGAAGAGGUGGGGACGGCAGGCACUGAGACGGAGUCAGCAGGACGCAUCGCGGAAGAGGGGAAGGGCGAAUGGCGGCGUGAGGACUGAACGAGCGGAGAAUGGCGAGGCAGACACCAGUUCUGCUUCUGCCACUUAA